AUGUCAACAGAUAGUUUCCAUGCUCAUUCUUUAUCUGGAGGAGGCGUCGUACAAAGCUGUAGCAACAAUUUACGACGAACGGACGGGCCUGAAGAUCUAACUACCGGGUCUAGGCAGGUGGAAGAUCCUGACGCCAAGGGAAUGCAAAAGCCUCAACUCAGAAUUCGGGGAAUUAGCCCCGCUGAAUCUAUUCCAGGUUUUGGGCGAAACGGAGCAAUCAAUCGCGACAGUUUAGAUAACCAGGAGUCUUGGGCGUUGGUAUCACCAAUACGUUCAGAUGACAGCUAUCUCAACGAAAAAGUGUCAGAUAAUGGAAGCAGCAUAAAAGCGAUCACGACAAGCAGCUCCUUCAUACGGAAUCCAACACCAACUACAUCAGUUUGCCGUUCAAGUUUCUCCGGCACUACAGGGUUACAAACCAGCCUCCUUCUGGGAAGCACAAUGGAGGAACUUUCAUCCUCUCCAAGGUCGUUGUGCAAUAACUUAAGAGCAGGCUUUAACCAGGGCAUUGGGGCAAAUACAGGAGAUGCGUCACAAUCUAAGCCACGUGAUCGUGGCUCACCAAGCCGAUUAAUUACCUCGGCAACUGCCAAUGCACCCAUUAUACAGACUAGAAAACGCAUAGAUUCGGAAGAUUACUCCUAUUUGAUAGAUAUGCCAUCCUCAUUUUCGCCUCCUCUCUCACCCACACUUCAUGCCGGACCCUAUUUCAAUAGCAUCUUUUCAGAUUAUGUUUCUGAAAACUUGAUAGAUCCUGUCAGCAUCCCAUUAGAAACUAACUCUACCCUCCUUGGAGCCAGACAGAUAACAGGUCGUUCUUUGAAUGAUAGUGUCUCACCUCUGGCUACUGCUCUGAGAAAUCAACAAUCCAUUCGAGAGCGUGAGUUGCAAGAUGCUUCAACUGCAUUUUUUACAUUUCAAGAAAACAGGAUGCUACCGUUAACUAGCACGGCUCCGAUGCACAAUAGUCAAAAGCCGCAACAAAGGCCAACCAAUUUGCCCGGGAUGGAGUCAUCACCCAAUACUCUUUCAAGUGAGACAGUAAGCCAUUCCUUCGAUCCGACCAAAUCCUGA